CCCGCCCCCACGACUUCCCCCUUGUUAAUUAAAACUAAGAAGUCAGAAUGGGAACGAGGUGCCCAGCUCCCGUGGAGAAAGCUUAAGGACACCACGCCAGUUCUUUUCCUGCCUUCCUUCAGAGAUGGAAAGAGGAGCUCUUAGCUCACUUAAGCCGGGGUAGGGCUGGUUCUCCUUUCCGAGCCAAAAUCCCAGGCGAUGGUGAAUUAUGAACGUGCCACACCAUGAAGCUCUUGUGGCAGGUAACUGUGCACCACACCUGGAAUGCCGUCCUGCUCCCCGUUGUCUACCUCACCGCGCAAGUGUGGAUUCUGUGUGCAGCCAUAGCUGCUGCCGCCUCCGCUGGGCCCCAGAACUGCCCCUCCGUCUGUUCAUGCAGUAACCAGUUCAGCAAGGUGGUGUGCACUCGCCGGGGCCUUUCUGAGGUCCCGCAGGGCAUUCCCUCCAACACCCGGUACCUCAACCUCAUGGAAAACAACAUCCAGAUGAUCCAGGCUGACACCUUCAGACACCUGCAUCACCUGGAGGUCCUGCAGCUGGGCAGGAACUCCAUCAGGCAGAUCGAGGUGGGGGCCUUCAACGGACUGGCCAGCCUCAACACCCUGGAACUGUUUGACAACUGGCUGACCGUCAUCCCCAGUGGGGCCUUUGAGUACCUGUCCAAGCUGCGGGAGCUCUGGCUUCGCAACAACCCUAUAGAGAGCAUCCCCUCUUAUGCCUUCAACCGAGUGCCCUCCCUCAUGCGCCUGGACUUGGGGGAGCUCAAGAAGCUGGAGUAUAUCUCGGAGGGGGCUUUUGAGGGUCUGUUCAACCUCAAGUACCUGAACUUGGGCAUGUGCAACAUUAAAGAUAUGCCCAAUCUCACCCCCCUGGUGGGACUGGAGGAGCUGGAGAUGUCAGGGAACCACUUCCCUGAGAUCAGGCCUGGUUCCUUCCAUGGCCUAAGCUCCCUCAAGAAGCUGUGGGUCAUGAACUCACAGGUCAGCUUGAUUGAGCGGAAUGCUUUUGAUGGGCUGGCCUCCCUUGUGGAACUCAACCUGGCCCACAAUAACCUCUCAUCUUUGCCCCAUGACCUCUUUACCCCACUGAGGUACCUGGUGGAGUUGCACCUACACCACAAUCCUUGGAACUGUGAUUGUGACAUUCUGUGGCUUGCCUGGUGGCUUCGGGAGUAUAUACCCACUAAUUCUACUUGCUGUGGGCGCUGUCAUGCUCCCAUGCACAUGCGAGGCCGCUACUUGGUGGAGGUGGACCAGGCUUCCUUCCAGUGCUCUGCCCCCUUCAUCAUGGAUGCACCUCGGGAUCUCAAUAUCUCUGAGGGUCGGAUGGCAGAACUUAAGUGUAGGACUCCACCUAUGUCCUCUGUGAAGUGGUUGCUGCCCAAUGGGACAGUGCUCAGCCACGCCUCCCGCCACCCACGGAUCUCCGUCCUCAAUGAUGGCACCUUGAACUUUUCCCAUGUGCUGCUCUCAGACACUGGAAUAUACACAUGUAUGGUGACCAAUGUGGCAGGCAACUCUAAUGCCUCGGCCUACCUCAAUGUGAGCAGGGCCGAGCUCAACACCUCCAACUACAGCUUUUUCACCACAGUAACAGUGGAGACCACGGAGAUUUCACCUGAGGACACAACGCGAAAGUACAAGCCUGUUCCUACCACGUCCACUGGUUACCAGCCGGCAUAUACCACCUCUACCACGGUGCUCAUUCAGACCACCCGUGUGCCCAAGCAGGUGGCAGUACCUGCAACAGACACCACUGACAAGAUGCAGACCAGCCUGGAUGAAGUCAUGAAGACCACCAAGAUAAUCAUCGGCUGCUUCGUGGCAGUGACUCUGCUAGCUGCCGCCAUGUUGAUUGUCUUCUAUAAACUUCGAAAGCGGCACCAGCAGCGGAGUACAGUCACAGCCGCCCGGACAGUUGAGAUUAUCCAGGUGGAUGAGGACAUCCCUGCGGCAGCUUCUGCAGCAGCAACAGCAGCUCCAUCCGGUGUAUCAGCCAAGCAAAGAACAGGACAAACUGGCAUCUCCAUUCUUGAUUCCCCUGAGGUUCACAUGAGUACCAUAACCAGAAGAGGCAGCAGUGCCCUUCAACUGGGCUCAGGGUGUCUGUGGUACUGGACAACAACUUGCAGUUGUGCAUCAGUGGAGAGAGACAUCCAACAUAGUAACCUCAACCUACUGGGCACUCAGGAAACAUGACGGAGUGGCAGUGCUUCUGGCAGUAUGCUUUGGCUGACAUGAAAGACUGGGACUCCUGAAGGCAAUGACCAGCUCUGGGAAGCACCAUUACCACUGAUCAACAUUAACUGCAGACUCAGGUAAGUGGCCAAGCAAGGUUAUCGUCCAGGUAGCCAUGCAAAUACUAUGUCUUCUUCACAGCUCUACACAGGCAGUUUUUUCUGGGAACUGGUUUACUUUGCUCCACGGCAGUGCUUCAGCACUGACCAUGCUGGGUAUGGUGGUGUUACUUCUGGGUAAGAAGCAACAAAAUUCAAAUUCUGAUACAUAAGAUAUAGCAGCUGGGUUAGCCAAGCUUUGGCUUGGUAGUCAGUGCUAACUUUCCUUUUAAGAGUCCUGGGAUUCAGCAGGCUGGGCAUGGUAGCUCAUGCUUAUAAUCUCAGGUACUUGGGAGGUGGAUAUCAGUAGGAUCAUGAUUUCAGGCUAGCCUGGGCAAAAAGUUAGUGAGACCCCCCAUCUCAACAAAUGAGCCAGUGGCACACUCUGUAAUCCGAGCUACAUGGUAGGUGUAGAUAGGAGGAUGGUGGUCUGAGGCUGGUCUGGGCAAAAAGUGUAAGGCUGUAUCUGAAAAUGUGAAAAAUAACUGAAACCAAAAGGGCUUGAAAUGAGGCUCAACUGGUAAGAGUGCUUGGCUAGCAAGUAUAAGGACCUGAAAAAUAAAAAGAGUAAGGUCCCGGGAUUCAAAGAACCCUGGUCUUCCCCUGAGUGAGUGAAUUAAUAAAGUUGUCCCCCAUCCAUCUUUCCCAAGUGAGUGAGAACAUAUUCAUGGUGAGGGUGAACAAACAAAACACACACACGCACUUAUUUCUAGGGCAGAGAGAGAAGCUCAUAAGAACUGUCUAUUCCUUAGGGCACUUGCCUAGCAAGAAAAUUGGAACUGAGUUGAAACUCCAAUAUAUCACUUCCCCCACCCCAAAGAAUUGUCUCCAUAUUUAUCUCUAGUUGAACAUAGAACCCUAAACACAAGAACUCUUUGUUCAUGCCCCAACCCCACGUAGGCCCAAUCCUAGCAUGUCACAUUCUUCCAGGGUGAGCCAGUUAUUACUGGAAGCCCACAGAUGAAUGAAAAACCUUUGCAUCUUCAGCAAAACAGAGCCAGUUCACAGGUGUUAUAGCCUUUUCACUUACCACUUAAUUUACAUUCUGUGCAAAAACAGGUAAUAAAAGAAUAUUGUGCCCUUUAGAAAAAUGGGAGAUGAAGUGCCGCAAUGUCCAUCAAUGGAUAAUACAUCAUCUAUUCUGUACAGUACGGCACAUGUGGUGAGUCCCCCAGACAAAUCAGAGUCAAAGAACAAGUUCUAUAGUAAUUUUCUUGUUCCUUACUUAUGGUCUCCUUCUUUACCCAGCUUUGAUUACAUGAGCCAAACACAGUGAUUCUCCAUUGAGACAGCCUGGAAACAAUCCCAAUCAUAGAUCAGCAAACCAACAGGGAGGAGAGGUCAUUAGUGGCUUAGGAGGAAAUGGAUAGCUCAUGAUAAAUGAAUUGGUAUUGCCUGUCAUUUUUCCUUGUCAUCACUUUAAUCAAUAAGGGAAAAGGUGAAUUGCUAUUGAUCUCUGCAAUACCUCUGAACGAUACUGUACAAAUUACAGAAACACACAGGGGCAAGUGAAAGAAUGAAAAGAGGAAGGACAAAUAAAAUAAAGUCUGGGCAAUACAGGGCUACUGUAUUUCCCCAGAGGGGGUCUUUAGGUCACUGAGUGUCAGGCGUGCUGAGUGCCCUUGUGAAUGUGUCAUGAAGAGCUCUUCUUCACGCUUGCAAGGGCUGGCCAUAGAGAGCAUCUCAGUGCCUCCAUUCUCACUUCACAUGUCCCCAUGCUGCAGCAGGACUACAGGGCGUGGGAAGCCACAGGGCUGCCCUUGACACAAGGCUAGAAGCCUACACACUGAGAUGUGCUAGGGAUCCCAAGGUCACAUUACUUUCUGAAGUUGCCAUACUUUAGAGGUACUGGGCUGGACUAUCUCAACCACUGGCUAUAAUUCUUGAUGAAAAGCAAGAAUUAAAAGCUUCAAGGAAAACCUCAAAUGAUAUCUCACUAACCCCAUAUUUGGGUCACAUGCUAAGAAAGUAUAGAUUGGCAGCAGAUAAGGUGAAAACUAUUUGCCUCAUGCUUGAUAAUAACAAAGAUCACGGCUCUGUGCCUUUAGGCCUGUCCUCUGAAACACUCUGGGUUAAAAGACAUGGCAUGAAGAUCAGAGGCCUUGGUCAAGGUGUCAAAGGCCUGGCCAAAGGGAGAUUGACCACACUUAGGAAAGAAGACAGAUAUGCAAAUAUGGUCUUAUCCAGAGAACCAGGAAACAAGCAUUAGAAUAGAUAAGCAUAACAACCCGUAACAGGAAGAUGCAACAUUUAGUGUCUGAUUUUCAUCUUCAACUCACACAAACAGGACUGUGAGAAUGCUUAAGUCCUCGGAAACAGAUUUUUAGGCUAUGAUGCUUAUCAGAACCUGGUCAGUAUCCUGCUUAUCAGUAAAGAACAGAACUGAUGGCAGAUUUGAUGGAAUGGUGAUUGGAGUUUAGCCCAAUGGGGUAUAUAUAGUAUGAUCACAUUGCAGGGUCCCAGACUAACAGUUCUUUUAUUCCAUCAACUGAGCCUAAUUAUUCAGAUGCCAGUGAGAGGAAAAAAAAAUGUCUGACCAGAAAGGUCCCUUUCAAGGUCACACAACACAUUCAGUGCAUUACUCAACUUGGUCCUAGCUUUCCUCAGGAACCUCCCCUUCUUGCCUGGGCAUUAUCCUUUUAGCAUUCAAGGUAGAAGAGGGCUUUAUUUUGCAGAUGGUGAAACCAGGGCAGGUGGUCACAUAUCCAGUAUGAAACAAAAUCCAGCCUUAAAAUCUGGCAUGUGAAAACAGCCAAGAACCCUUUAGGAUCCUCCUGGCACUUUUGUUUAAGCAAUUCUCCAGAGACCAUGACUCAGGGUGUAAUUAUAUAAUUCUGGAAUCAGUGACACCUCAGUUUGCCAGUAUCCCCACUUUCCUCCCACAAACACCUGAAGGGCCAAAACACAGAGCAAAAUAAAUGCAAGUUACAAAGCUGCUGUUGUGUUGAGAGUAGAAAUGCUGAGAUUAGAAGGAGGAAAAACUUAAGUGCACCCUGGGUGUUUGCAGAAGGCCACGUCUGCAGCUCUUGAAGCUGAUGGAGGAGCUCUCUGGCUCGCUCUGCCAGACGGGCAAGGAGACCAGCCCUUCAUUCAGGAGGUGGGGCACAUGACUGUGAGAGGGUGUGACAAUAAGAAACUAUUUAGCAAACAUCAGUCUCCUCCUACAAGGAAUCUUCCAAUUCUAAAAGUGACCCUAUUCUAAAAUUACCAAGUGGCAGGUGGCCAGGUCAAAAAUCCAUAUCCAGUCAGUGGUAAUGGACUCUUUGUUGCAUUUCCUCAUAUAAGGUUGCAGCAUUGUCAUAAAAACCCUGGGUCAGUGGUUUUAGAUUUAUGUAACUGGAGAGGUUAACAGUACCCUAGCACUAUAAGCACUGCAGAGACCUGUGAAGUGGCAGACAUAGUCAUCUGGGAUGGAAGGACCUGCUGGUCUUAGCUGUACAAUCUUCCAACUCUAGCUGUACAUCUAGUGCCAAGAUCCUUUUCUGGCAACCACUAAAAAGAAUUCCACUGCAUCAAGAGAUGAGAAAGAAGAGGAAAGCAUUAGUUAACAUAGGAAGAAAAAGGACACAGUAAAGAAGCUUCUAGUUCAACCUUAUUCCUGGUGUAAUAAAUAGUUGUUUUUCCUGCAAUGACUGUACCAGUAAUUCUACUUGGGGUUCUUUUCCUGUCCCUUUCUGUCCUGGUUAACACCUAAAUCUUUCUUUAGGGUUUCUGCUGGCAUUCUGCUAGCUUUUCACUCUUCCAAUUAAAUGCAGAUCAAGGAUAAACAUAUGGCAAUCUUAAAUAUUGCUGUGGUUGUGGGAUGGAAGGAUGGGGACAAAAAAGAGCACAGCUAUUUGACCAGAGGACAAGGUUGGCCUAUCUAGGAUCUAGAAGGCAACCCUUGUAUCCCUCAUUUUCAAGUUGGUAUGAUACUGGGAAACAAGCAAGGGCAGAAUUCCUGUGUAAAUAAAGGAAAGCAGAGAGCCCCCAUGACAGUUCAAGAACAUGGCGAAGACACUCAGCCAUUAUUUCUUAGACAGCUACAAGGUAUUUGUAGAGCCCUGGCUGCCCCUUCUCGUGGGGCCUUAUCAGUCCAUAGUCAAACCUAGAAAAGCCUUCUUGCAAAGGUUAGGACUCUUGGGCAUAAUCUCAGACCUAUGAUUUCCCAAUGAACGUGAUACUGUAUAAAAAGAAGUGGUUUCAAUGUGUAGAACCAUACAGAAUCAGAGGCAAAGAGAUGCUGCCUUAUCAUAAUACUUAAAAAAAACCGACUGGCUGACACCCAAAGGUAUUUAAAGAAAUGCUCUUUUGAGGACUUAGACCAUGGAUGGCAAAUAAGCUUCCAAGUGCCAAAUCCAUUCCACUGGUAGUAGCUUUGAGGAGCGCCAAUAGGAAAGAUCUGAGCUGCAAGCUAAAGUAUUGCAUAGGUACAAGACAGGAUGAGGGGUUGGGUUGGAGGCAUAUUCGUAUUUGUCAUCACCGGCUGAAAUAGGUUUGGGGGGUGAUGGGUGCUGGAGAGGAUUAAGUAUUGUUCUUUGAUGAUUCUAAUAUGAACACUGUUCACAGUGCACAUAACCUAUAUCUAGCCUACCAUUCUACUCUGGGUACAGUGCUUUGUCCACACUAAAGUCUAAUCCUUCUUUAGUAAAACCAUGAGAGAAUUCCUGUUAAAAAUAAAAAUUAUGUUGCAAGCUGCUGUUCACUGAGUGUUUACUAUCUACCAGGUCCUGUGUACAUGUACAUUGUUUUUCAAGUGACUCUAUAGAGAAGAUACUCUUUUUACAUAGACAAGGCAAUUAGGUUCAGCAGGACUGCUGCACUGCACAACACUGGUAACACCAUUUACAGUGAAUUGUACUUUGCAUUGAGACUGCCUGGUUUAGAGAGGCUGAGGAUUGUGUCUAAGAUCACACAGGAAAUAGUGAGGCUAGAAGAGAACCUAGGUCUGACUCUUCAUGUAUUACUAAAAGUUUCUGUUAAGUGACCAAGAAGGGAAAGAUGCCCUUCAAUGUGUUCUGAAGAUGACUCUCAGAAUGAGAUGCAUGUUGUUUGAGCCAGGUGAGGGUAUCUCUGCAAUUAAUUCUGAACUUUGCUCAUAAUCUUAUUUCAUGUACCAAAGCAUUUCAUGACAGACCACUGGUCAAUUUCAUUUUCAAAAUCCAUUUAAAUUUAGCUGACCAGAAACUGUCACAGAUGGAGUAGUAAGAGGGAAGUUCAUUGACAGAGCCAGGUCUGGAACACAGAGGCUCUCAAAUUCCUGGCACAAGGAAUAGGCAUGCUAAUGGCAGGAAGAAGGCAGAAUUAAGGUCAGUCCAUCCACUAGAACAGUCACUUCUGUGUCCUUGGGGGAGUUACAUGUGGAACACCAGAAUGUUAAUACUACCUGGAGAGCAAAUGCAAUCUACAAUCUGCUUAUUUGUUGGUGGCUCAGGCAGCUUUGCUAUUAUAUAUUAUGAUUUCAGGAGCAUCUAAUACAUCUAAAUGAAAAUAAAUGGCACCCAACUCUGCUAAUACAAACCUUACCUCUUGAGGAGUCCAGCAGUCUUUUCCUCUUGGUAACAUCUCUCCAUUUGUUUUGAGCCAUAAGCUCUACAUAGCUCCUGAUAAACCAGGAGGCUGAGCGUGCCUGGCAAUGAGUCUUCUAUAGGGAUGGCUCAUAAGGAACAUCAUUUUAUGUCAGAUGGUAGAUAGUAUCAAAUACUAUGAGUUGCAGGGUUUCUGCUUACCAAGGGCCUAUUUGAAGGACUUUUAUGGCCUUGUGUUUGUAAUGAUAAUCUUAUAGUAAACCAGUAAGUUCAUUUUAUUCUUGCCCACUCUCUUCACCCCCAGGCUUCACUUUAGAUAAGGGGCAAAUAAGGACUGUGGAUCAUUCUAGUAGAAAGAUGCAAGAGGAAAUCAUGUUUGAGCCUUCCCCUCUUUAUUCUGGGACUAAUCUGGGUCAGAACUAAAGAUGGAGAGGAAAAAUAAGUGCCAGGAUUGUCUUGGCACUGACGAGGGUUCUGCUGCUUCUACUUGGGGGAAGAAGGUACAGUUCUCAGGUCCAAGUACUAUAUUUCUUACUUUAUUUUUCUGACGGGAACAGCAAUAAGAAAGACAAAUUGACCUGGCAGAGAAAACACAGAAGUUUCACAAAGAAGAGUUUACAAUAGUAGGGACCAAUUUCUGAGGGAAAGGGAAGUGAUACUUCUGUAGAUGCUUCCCAGAGAUAGAAUUACAUCCUUGAGAUUUUCCUACAUAUCCCAAGGAAGUCACAUGUCUUGUGGUCCUAUACCAUGCACUGUCACACCCCUAAAUUCCUAUAGCAGACUGGUAUGUUAAUAGUCUCUGGAAAGCAGUGAGGCCUAUCAAACGUACAUCAGUCAGCCACCAUGACACAAUUACAGGUAACAGGAUCUUGGCCAAACCAAUGACAAAUUAGGCCCAAUAGCUAUUUCAGAAGAAUGGAUGCAAUUCUAUGCUUGAUUGGCUAUGAAAGUUCUAAGCAGAAGAAUAGGGAAAUAGCCAAGCUGAGCCAGCAGCUUUGCAGAGAGGAAUCCCAUUGGAGCUAGCACUGAGCUUGCUUGGGGAAGGCUACUGGUGAUUGGAGACUAAGUUACCUUAGGAGUUUAAAAGCUGACAGGGGAGGUGCAACAGCCAGGGGAAAGGAAAAAAUGGCAAUGUGACAGCAUCCCUCAUUUUUAAUUUACCUUACCUCUACUCACUGUGAUGCUAUUUUCAUUUAAGGGCUGAAAUGGAACUUGAGGGCCCUUCUUUCAGGGAUUUUUAGAAGUAUUUGGCAAGAGCCAGCAAUCCAGAAAUGAGUGGGUACAUAAAAAAUUAAUAUUCACAUUGUUCUUACUGCCCAUCUCUGAACAGUAAUUUGUAGGCCUGAACUUCAAAAUAAUCCCUUUGCCUAACAGUCAAUUCAGGCAGAGGAUGGAAGCAUGAAGGAGGGAGAGACAAGGAGCUUAUAUUAGGAGAGUGAAGGGACACUGAUGACUUCUUUUUGAUCACUGACAGAAACAUCAUUAUCUCCUCUUCUUUAAGUAUCCUGGUUGGAAGGGCAGGGAGACCCAGGGAGGUCCCAUAGUACGUAGUACAUAGUACAGUCCAGGUCUUGGCUAUGAACAUUUUCCUUGAGAAGUUUCUGAGUUAGCGGCUUUGUGUCUAGCCUCAAUAUUCCAGUCUUCUUCCUUCUUUCACAAAUGCUGUACUUUAUGAGGUUUCCCAGAGAAACAUAAAGGACAACAGAAGAACAGUCUUCUUCCUCUAGAGUUAUAAGGAAAUUAUUUGGUUUAACAAAUACCUGAGUAUCUCUUAUCUACUGAUAUAUGAAGAUCUGUAAGUGUAGUAGGGCUGUUCCGAUAAGGUACAAAUUAUGGAGUGGUAAUGAAACAUGAGGGUGGAGAAGAAUGUAAGGAUAUGUGUAAACUAAGGUGAUAAGACUUUAUCCCAGAGGCAGUGGAUAAAGUCUUUUUAAACAAAUGCACCUACAUAGUCAGAUUUGUCUCCUAAGAUUAAAAAUAGGAAUAUGGACAUACAUUAUCAAAAGUUACUGAAGCAAUCAUUAUAUAAAAAGGCUGGAAAAGUUAAACAACAGAUGAAACAGAAAUCAGACAGUCAAAAGAUGUAAAAAUCAAACAAGUGCAGUGUAAACACUUAGGAGAGGUAGGACCAUACAUUCCUCAAAUUACCAUGAAGUCUUGCAAGCACUACAAUCAUAAUUGAAGGUUCCACAGAAUGACACCCAUUAAUAUUGGAACUCUGAUAAAGUCCCUUGGUUCCAGAUAUUAAUGAUAUGAUACAAUAUGGCUAAAACAAUGAUCACCUUUUAAUAACAUAAUUGGCAAAGUUUGGGGUGAAAAAACCCUUAAUUGGGAAUACACACAUUUGAGUGUUAGUAUUUGGUUUUACAACCAGCUAUAAAGAUAGGCAGGUGCAACUGAGUUUCCUGAACGGUAAGACUGGGAUAACAUUUUUCUUAGGUUUGCUGUGAGAUAAAAAUAUUGUAUACAAAAGCUCUUUUAAACUAGAAAAUGCUAGAUAAGAUUAAGAUUUGAUUACUAGUAAGGCAGAUGAUUUUUACGCAAGCCCCCUUUGACAAAAACAGCCUUGAACUAAGAAAACUUGAAGGCUACUGGUAAGUGUUGACUGUCAAAGGUGGGUGGUGGGGAUCUGAGAAAAGCCUCAGCCCCCAAAAUGGUCUUUAAGAUCUCAUGGGAAAAGAGAAUGGUUUCAAAAUCUGACCAUAAUGUCUUUCCUUUUUCCUAUGUGGUGGCUGAGAUAAUCUAGAAUAAAGCGUCUUUGUGUAAGAAAGAAAAAUGUAAGCAGAGCAGCCUGCUUGCUUUUCUAGCAGGUCAUUACUAGUGGCUUGGUGACGAGUUUCUAGGGGCCAUAGCAAUUGAAGGAACAUUAAAGAGCAGUUUUCACUGGGGUCACCUGGGCCAGACAGAUGUCUUGUACCCUCUUGGAUUUUCUAGGAUUGAACUAUCCUCAUCACUGAUCCACAGUUAAGAGCUAUGCUGCUCUUCUUCCUCCCAUGGUACUCUUUGGCAGGAAAUGGGUCUUAUGAACAAAUGAGACAGGAGGCUGGGAGAAUAUUCUACAGUGCAGGAGGGGCUCUGUGGAGAAAAGCCAGAGGGUGUGGGGAGGGCACAGGUUUAGGUCUUUUAACUGCCUUUUCAGAUAGGAUACAACACAAUAUGAAGCUAAAAUGGAGAGGGACUCACAUUUCCCUUUAUGCUAAGCUUUCUUUUCCACACACACACUCCUUCACAAAGACACCAGUAACUAGGUUGGGGUCACACUUCCUAAAACACACAGAUGUUUUCUCAAAAGGCAACAGUUAUAUGUAAUGCUUUUAUGUGUCUUUGGUUUUUAAAAAUGCAGGGGUGGGGAAGAGAGAAGAAAACCAGGGCUGUGUCAGGGCUGCUGCUGCUGCUGCUGCCCACAGAAUGAGCUCUCCAGGGAGACAUUCUCCCUUUUGAUGCCAGCAGGAAGAGGGGAAAUAGGUCAGGGCAGCAGCCUGAGUUUUUAGCGGGGCCUGUCCAGCAUGAAGGCAUCAUUUUCCAGAUAUCAGCAAGGAGCAAAUUUGGAGGUAUCAGAAAGGGCAAAGGGGUCAUGAAAAAAAAGACCUUGGAAAUGAUCACCAAAACCCUGAAGAUCCUCCAACCCUCUGGAAAUGCACCUUCUAUAGCUUGGAACUGAGAAAAGUUAAAUUGUGACAAUGAUAUUCAGGAGACUAAGGCAUGAAGAUCAUGCUAGACUAGUUCCAGGCUAGACUGGGCUACAUAGUGAGGUCCUAUUCAAACAAACAUUGUGAAAUUGACCUAGUUUACUAAUUCUUAUAACGCCUUUAAAAGUUCGGGUU